CAUUCUGCCUGCGAAAUGUCGGGGCUGAAGGUGGGUGAGUUCUUGUCGGCGCCGUCGGUGCGGCGCAUGAGCUCAUUGGAGGCCUUUGACGACGGCGCGUCCAGCGUUGCGGGAGGAACAGACGUGGGCUCUCGCAUCAGCUUCGCGGGCAGCCGCAUCAGCCUCGCGUCAAAUAUGACAAUCGAGGAGUCUUCGCCGUCGCCGUCCGUGGUCUCGAGCGCCGGCUCCGCCCUCUCCGUCGCGGACCGAGUCUCGGUGCUCUCCGAGAGCCUGCGCGACGUCGACCACCAGCGUCGUCGGUCGCACGAGGCGGAGCUCGACCGCCUCACGCGCAGCCUCGAGCCUCCCGGCGCGCGGCUCGAGCGGAUCGAGAGCUGCAGAUGCAGCACGGAGGAGGACCCGCUGCCCGUGCGGCUCGAGGGGAGCUUCGUCGCGGCCGCCUCGCCGGCCGACCUCUCCGCGAGCCCGUCGUCCAGCCCGACGGACGCGGCCAUCGAGCGGCUGCCUGCACUCGCCGCCGCGCUCUCGAUGGACGGGGCGCCGGAGGAGAGGGGGAGGGCGCCUCCGGGCGGCGGGAGCUCGAGCGCCGCCGCAUCGUCCCGCCGCCCCGGCCCGAACAAGCUCCCGGACUGGCUCACGACCCGCAAGGGCAAGCAGUGAGUGGCCCGUGAGAGAGGCCCCGGAGAGGGCCGGUUCAUAAUGCUGCGAUACUGCGCCGCGAACGAGAGACGACCCGCGCCGAGAGCGCCAACCCCACACACCUGCCAAGCCAGCACCCGCCCCCCGCGCGUGUGAAGUGCCGUCCUCUCGGUGAGUGAGAGCGCGGACGCCCGGGAUAGUUAUGAGCGCGGCCGUGUGGGGGGCCGCCCUGGGGCGGGAUCGGGAGCAGGGGCUGGGACAACGCCGUGGCCGCCGGCUCGAGCCGCCGGCCGUGGCCGGGGCGUCCCGUCAUGCGCGUCGAGUUGUAGCGAGCGGCGCGCCGCCUUCUUGAAUGGAUGGAAGGGCUUUAUUGUAGCUAGUUCCCACUACUAACGCAGGUUGGUUGGCCUUGCAUAAAUGUUAAAUCCAAAAUAAAUGGUACGGUAA